UUCUGCAUUAACAGUGUGUAUAAGUUUGUCUUGAAAUAAUGGAUGAUCAGCUGGGCCGUCUUGUGGGUGAUUAGUUAGUUUUCUGAGUAUGAUUCUGAAGAUCAUCAGAGAUGGGAUCCGGAAUUCUGAUGCUACUUCUGAUCGCAGCUUUACUAAAUCAGGCCACACCUCAACCGAAUGUGUCUUUUGGGGAUUUAUACACGCCCAUGUCAGAUUCUGCCCACACGCGCGUUCUCGGCGGAGGAUCGACUGUGGAACUCCUUCUGGAUCGUGCAUCAUCGGGAACAUGCGGCUCAUGGGGUACGUACUUGUUUGGCACCUUCUCAAUUGGAGUUAGAGCAGUGCCUGGAAACUCCGCUGGCACUGUAACAGCAUUCUACUUGCAAUCGUCUACGGCGUCAGACAUUGAUCAACACGAUGAAAUAGAUUUUGAAUUGCUGGGCCGCAUCAGUCCACGCGAUCCCUACAUUCUCCAAACAAAUAUCUACGUCAAUGGCACUGGCAGACGUGAGCAGCGAAUGGCACUUUGGUUUGACCCCAGCACAGACUAUCACUACUUUUCAUUACAAUGGAGCAGAGAUUUGAUUGUAUUCUACGUGGAUUACGUGCCAAUCCGAGUGUUUCGAAACAACGCGGCUUUGGGCGUCCCCUACCCCGACUACAACCCCAUGAGAGCAUACGCAAGCUUGUGGGACGGCAGCAUCUGGGCCACGGUGGAUGGCAACAUGCGUGUUCAUCCCGUCAACUGGGCUGACGCACCAUUUGUAGCAUCUUUCGCAGACUUUGACCUUCACACUGCUUGCAAUGCCACCACUACCACUCAGCAAGCAGCUUGCGAGCGUGAUGGGGGAGGAAACCGCACCAAACAAAGUCUAGAUUUAAAUGACAUUUCAAAUCUCAGCAAUAUUCACAGCAGGUAUAUUGUCUAUGACUACUGCAGCGAUACCAUGAGACCCGACUAUCCAGCUAUCGAAUGUGCAAACAACCGAUACGACUAGCUACAAUAAAACCAAACACAAUCUGACAUAAAUGAAACUUUUAGGUCAAGAUAGGAUUCAUCAGAGCAAAGCAAUAGGGGCAAACGAAAUUAAGGUAACUACACUAACAGUUAAAUUAAGGUACUCAAAGGAUCGGUCGGACAUAAUAAUUAAAGGUAACCAGCAAGAGUUCGAAAGAAUCAGAAGAGCUCAUGUUCCAAAAGUACUCAACUACAGUAGGUAAUACCACCUGGUAUACAAAAGAAAGACAAAGGAUUAUAAUAAACAUACAAAAAUCAAUGCAAGUUGUGAAAACA